ACAUCUGCAUUCGUCUAUAACCUCUCUGCUCGUGCGCACACUGAACAACAAACCUUGCGAAGAUUGUAGUCUCUCCUGUUAUACACCCUAUAAGAUAGAGUGUACUGUAAAAAGAUCAUUUUCAAUGAUGGAUGAAUCAGCAGCUCAAAACGUAACUAUGCUGCAAGAAGUAGUGCGGUAUUGCAUCUUAAGGUAUGCAGUGGAGGUUCUUACACUUAAGUUCCUUGUUCAUGAGUUGACGGAAAAAUGCUGGGAUAAAUGUAUGGAUCGCCCUUCAACAAGACUGGAAUCCCGCACUGAGAGUUGCAUCAAAAACUGUGUUGAACGCUUUAUUGAUUCUAGCAAUUUUGUUGCAAACAGACUCCAGAAAGUAUCGUCAUCUUCAGGCCACAUGUAAUUCAAGAAUAUUGUGCGCAGCUAAGUAGUGUGAAGAAGAAUGCAACUGUGAUUUUGUAAAUUAUCGGUACAUGUGCUACAUUUAUUGAGCUUUGUGGAUAACUAAAUAACUUUUCAAUAUGUUUACUAGAAUAAGAGACUU